AUGAAGCCAUCUGUAAAGGCGACGCACGUGAUUUUUGAUGUGGAUGGCACUCUCCUGGAUACCGAAAUCUGUUACACUUUGGCCAAUCGGGCAAUGUUGGAGAAAUAUGGUCGUGAAUUCACAGCUGACAUGCAAGCACAGAUGAUGGGAAGAAGCGGCCAGGAAGCUAAUGCAUGGCUUCUAAAAGAAGUUGGCCUUUCUGACAAAAUUUCUCCUGAAGACUUCGGAGUCGAAAAAGAUUUUAUGCUUGCUGAGAUGUUUCCUAAAUGCCGAGCUUUGCCAGGUGCUGAGCGUCUUGUUCGGCAUUUUGCUAAGAAACAAGUUCCAAUGGCAAUAUGCUCAGGCUCUUCCUCGCACAAAUUCGAAUUGAAGGCUACUAAGCACCAUAGUUGGUUGGAUCUAAUUCCUAUAAAGGUGCUCUGCGGAGACGAUAAAGCAGUCAAGCGCGGGAAACCAUUUCCGGAUUGUUUUCUCGAAACCAUGCGAAGGUUCCCGAUUCCUCCCACCUCUCCCAAUCAAGUGAUAGUCUUUGAGGAUUCUCCCAACGGAGGUAAGGGUGCUAAGGCCGCAGGAAUGCUGUGCGUAAUGAUCCCAGACCCGAAAUUUCGCCAACGGGCCGUCGACCUUAAUGUAGACAAAAUACUAUCAAGUCUGGAAGAUUUUGUUCCGGAGGAGUUCGGCUUACCGUCAUUCGACUAG